GUGUCAGAAUACAGGAAAGUGUGACGGUUUCCGACAAUGUCCCUGGACGAGAGGUUUAUCAAGGCGGCUGAAGACGUUAAAACGCUGAAAACAUCCCCUAAUGAAGACGAACUUCUUGAACUGUACUCUCUUUACAAGCAAGGCUCAAUUGGUGACGUAAAUACACCAAGACCUGGAGGACUUCUUGACUUUAAAGGCAAGGCCAAAUGGGAUGCAUGGAACAGGAAGAAAGGAAUAUCACAAGAAAAUGCCAAGGAGGCAUACAUCGCUAAAGCCCAGUUAUUGAUUGAAACAUAUGGUACCAAAUAAAGGGCUAUAUAAUGAAACAAAUUUUACUUGGAAGUUUACCUCCUCAAGGUACAGUAUCACAAGUCAACACCAGUAAUGCCCAGUCUGAUGGCAUGAUUUAAAUAUAUAAAUAAGGAUGCAAAUAAAUUCAUGGUACCAUGCUACUGAUUAAUAAUGUAAUGGUUUGAAAAUGAGCUCCUUGGUCAAAGACAAUUUUUGCCAGUAAAAUUUCUUACCAUGCCUUAUUAUUGUCCAUAAGUAAGAAGGCCUUUUACUGCUGCAUAAUAGACAUUUGUUUUGUCAAUUUUCUGCUUACAGAGUGUUUAGUGUUGGCUUGAUACUUCAAGGCUGUAUAGAUGUCACUGUGACCAUUAUGAUAAUUCUAAAGCAUAUUAAUCAAACUGAUGUUUCUUCAUGUUGAAUUUUAAAUGUAAUAUUUUCCAUGCAUUAAUGUAAAGUUUCUAAAGAUUCCAUAAAAAUACUUUGCUCCAA